AUGGAAAGCGUGGAAGCCGUGGAGAAUGGAGAACAAAGAGACAACGAGGGUGUUAUGAACUUUCGUUUCAAAGUUCUAGUCAUUUCUCUUGCUGAUGAUGUCAACUAUGUAUACAAAGUCUUUGGUAAGUUAGUCAACGAAGCUCGAAACAGUGAUAUUACAGAUGGGUUUCUCAGUCAUCACAAUCGCAUAGGAGGGGAAAGCAACGAAUUUAAAGAGAUAUUGGAGAACAAGACGCUACAAGGUGAAGAAUAUAAAGCCAUACGCAGAAAGUUGAAUCAAUAUCUCAUCGAUAUUAUACAGGCGGUUAUUGAUGUAGAUGAGAGGCUUUUCUAA